AUGGUGCCGGUCAGCACUGCGUGGGGCUCGCAGCCCCCGGAAGGUGGUGGUCUUGGCCUGGCGGGGCCCCGCGUCCCUGCGCCCGCUCGGCCCCGCAUACGCCUGGAGGGGUGUCGCCGGGCCUGGAAGACGCGGCGGACGGCGUCGGAGGCCCUGUCCUUCUCACACCUCAUCCUGGCCACUGGCAGCACCGGGCUCUUUCCGGGCAAGUUUACUCAGGUUUCCAGCCGGGAGGCUGCUAUCCAGGCCUACGAGGACAUGGUGAAGCAGGUCCAGCGCUCACAGUCGGUGGUGGUGGUGGGAGGCGGCUCUGCUGGAGUGGAGAUGGCUGCGGAGGUUAAGACUGAAUUCCCCGAGAAGGAGGUCACUCUCAUCCACUCCCAAGUGGCCCUUGCCGACAAGGAGAUCCUGCCCUGCGUCCGGCAGGAAGCGAAGGAGAUCCUGCUCCAGAAAGGCGUGCAGCUGCUGCUGAGUGAGCGGGUGAGCAACCUGGAGGAUCUGCCUUUUAAUGAGUAUCGAGAGUGCAUCCGGGUGCACACGGACAAAGGCACAGAGGUGGCCACCAACUUGGUGAUCGUCUGCAACGGUAUUAAGAUCAACAGCUCGGCCUACUACAGUGCAUUCGAGAGUCACCUGGCCAGCAAUGGCGCGCUCCGAGUGAACGAGCAUCUCCAGGUGGAGGGCUGCAGCCACGUCUACGCCAUCGGCGACUGUGCAGACGUGAAGGAGCCCAAGAUGGCCUAUCACGCUGGCCUGCAUGCCGGCGUUGCCGUGGCCAACAUCGUCAACUCCAUGAAGCAGAGGCCCCUCAAGGCCUACAAGCCAGGGGCGCUGACGUUCCUCCUGGCCAUGGGGAGAAACGACGGCGUGGGCCAGAUCAGUGGCUUCUACGUGGGGCGGCUCAUGGUUCGGCUGGCCAAGAGCCGGGACCUGUUCGUCUCCUCAAGCUGGAAGACCAUGCGGCAGUCUCCACCUUGAGCUGGAGCGGGGCGGGAGACGAGGAUGGCUGCCCUGCCGGAGGCUUCACCCAGGACUCCCUUCCUGUGGACCAAGGCCAACCAGGCUCCCCUUCUGGAAGCGAGAGCACAGACCAUCCCGUGCUGUCUGACCUGGGGCCUAGCAGGGUGGGCGUCUCAGCCUGUGUGUGACAGGCCUUGUUCUGUUUAUAACAUUUUACAAGCGUCCACUCGUGGGGACACAGUUUUCUAAACUGAGGACAAUGUUGCAAUAAAAGACUAUGGUGUUGUAAGAAAAGACA